AUGGCAAUUCCUUCUUAUGCUAUGAGUUGCUUUAAGAUUCCACCAAAGCUUUGCUAUGAAAUAGAGAGUAUGAUGGCUAGGUAUUGGUGGGGUCAGAAAAAUGAGGAGAGAAAGUUCCAUUGGCUAAGCUGGAAGAAGAUGUGCAGUUCAAAAUUUGUGGGAGGCAUGGGGAUCAAGGAGCUAGAGGUUUUCAAUAUGACAUUAUUGGCAAAACAAACUUGGAGGUUAUUGCAGAAUAAGGAGAGUUUAUUCCACAAAAUGUAUGCUGCUAGAUACUUUUCUGAUGGGAAUCUGUUGACAGCUUCUCUUGGAGGAAAUCUCUCCUAUGCUUGGAGGGGUAUUCGGGAAGCAAAGAGGCUACUAGUGUGA